GCGGGGCGCGGGGCGCGGGGCGCGGGGAGCCGGGGCCGGCUGCGUGCGCGGCGGGCGGGCGAGGGGUAGAGCGCGGAGGGAGGGAGCGUGUGUCUGUGCGCGCCGGGUGUGUGUGUGUGUGCGUGCGUGUGUGCAGGGUAUAUGUGCGGGGGGCGGGGGACCGCCAGCGGGGGGCGGGGAUGUGGUCUGCUGGAAAAUGUUUAAAAAAACAAAUCCGCUCCAAACCCCGGGCCCCGUGUGGGUGAGCCAAUGCCGGCAAGGUGAAGGCUGCGCGGGGUGGGGGCGACGCGACUGCUGCCCGCCCACCCGCAGGCCACCGCGGAGUUGCACCGCGGGGCGGGGCUGGGGUAGGUGUGGCCGGGGCGAUGGGGGUCCCGGGAGGAAUUGGCGGUCACGCGGCGCUGGGUGGCGCGGGCCGCCCAGGAGUGCGCCGGGGAGGGCGCGGGCCGGGAGCGCUGGGUCCCGGUUCCCAAAGCGUGCGGCAUCGCGGGUGUGCGCGUGCAGACCCUUCCCGCGGUGGGAAACUGACUCAAAGUCCAACACUCCGGAGGUUUCGCGGUGAGGCUGCCCGCUAGCCCUUCCGUGGCGGGGUGGGGGGGGGCAUCUGGACCGCGCUGGGCUCCCGGAGCCCCGGCUUCUACCCGGAGCCAGGCGCUGGGGACCGUGGCGCCACUCCCACAGCUCCAGACGGCCAGGCUCUUGGGGUGGGGGGAUUAGACUCGUCCGCCUGCCCGCUCACCGCCCCGGCUGUCGGAACUUAAGCGCACCUCCGAUCGCGGGCGCCUGAGGCCUGCACCCCCUUUCCUUCCGCCCAGCACCCCGGUUGCCCUUGGUGCACGCGCGUGGCGGCGGGGCCGUCGAGAAGUCCCUCGUGUCUUACCAAUGACAAGGACAGGCAAGAACUAGGCGCUGCCCUGAAUUCUGGCUCAGCUGGUGGUGGAGAAAAGUCCGGAGAGGCACCGGUUAGGGCAGAGAGGACCUGUCGGUCAAGAAGUCCUGAGGAAGGCGCAGGCCUCUGGGGACAGCUCAGCUGCCACCAAGGGCUUGAUUCUGGGCUGGAGGAGACAGAUCCUUCCUCCUGGUGGACCCUGUCCGGAGCGGUGUGAGUUGGGCCAGAGUUAGGGGGAGAGUUCCAUGGUGCCCGCCCUUCAGCGGCUGCUGGGUCCUGGGGACAGCCUGAGGUCAGACAGGGCCUGGCAGUGUCAGGAAGAGAUGUCACUCAGGCUCCCCGUAACCCUUGUCCUUGCUCAAGACUUGGUGUCCCAUUGCCCAAGCAUUGCCAAGGGUUGGCUCUGGGCUUCUGCUGUAGUUCAUGUAUUUAUUCUUUAAAAUUCGACUGUAAGGUCCUGAGGAGGCAGGGAGAACUCGCCCAGGCAAGCCUCAGCUGCAGGCUGGGCCCUUCCUGGGAGCUCAGGGUUCCGGUGCCUGGGGGACCCUGGGGCAGUGCCUCUGACACUGCCUCCCCCUUAUUGAGUGAAGGAAAAUCUAAUGCCUCUUGGAGGUUUUGGAGGGGUGGAGAGGAGUGGGUGGCUUCAGGUUCUCACAUUACUCCCAGAUCCACGUCUCAGCGUGGUCAUGGCCGGUUCCACGCUCCACACACAACGAACAGUUUCUCAAAAUUGCUGCGACCAAGUGGCUGCCCAACAGGUCCCCUUGGGAUGUGGAAAGAAAGUAGGAGAAAUCCGCUAUUUCUUUUCAUCUCAUCCUUUGCAAAUUCAAUGCAGCCUUAUGGUGUAGGAAUGUAUCUGUCUCGUGAUCUAGCAUAUAAUUUGUAAGUGGGUGCACCUAUCUAUUUUGUGAGCGCGCACUUGAAUUCUGCCUUUUACUGAAGAGGGUGUGUAAUCAGAAAAGUUUGGAGAGGAUUGUCCAGAGGGUAAACUGUGCCAGCCCUUCACUGUCGAGUCUCCCCUGUCUCUCUGGCUUCAUUAUCAAAUAUUCGUCUCCUGAUCUUUCUACAGUGACAUCAUUGCUUCACCUCUACUCACCUUGCAGUUACCGGCAGAUGCUCCAUGAUUUCAUGUCAGUAGCCUCAGCAGCGUCUUCAGUCUGAGGGCUCAUCCUCCUUGUGUACUGCAAAUUCAGAUGCCCUCGCUCCUCUUUGAACCUUGCCCUGAUGCCUGCAACUCUGAAAGUGCCCUGGAGGCGCCUUGAAUCUCUCCUGGGUCACUCUCCUGCGGUCAUUGUACUUGACAGCACAUUCAUCUAGACUGGCAGUGCCUUGUAAGCAAGGCCCGGUCUCAGAGAUGGACACUCCGAAUAUGUGCCCAAUGCCAUAGUGCACACCUUGACCCUACCGCUGGAGGGGAGAACCGGGGCCCAGGGAGCUUAAUCAGUUCUCCCAAGGUCAGGGCCACUGACCCACUAAUCAGCUUGAGCCUCCUAAUCCAUCCCCAGCAGGAACCGCAGGACAGACGGCAGUGGCUCCUGAGAGCCGGCCAGGGCCAUUUUGGCUCCUCGCCUGUGGCCUUCUGUGGACUUGGUCUGGGAGGGGAUGGGGCAGCUGCGCCAUGUGCACCACACUUUUCCUGCUCAGCACCCUGGCCAUGCUCUGGCGCCGCCGAUUUGCCAACCGAGUCCAACCAGAGCCCAGCGACGUGGAUGGGGCAGUUAGGGCCAGCAGCGUGGACGCAGACCCUCAGGCCUCAGGCAGGGAGAAAAAACCUCGGAAGUAAAGCCUCACCUCUGCAGGUGGGCUCAGGCCCAGAGACUGGGAUCAGCUGGCCCAGGCAGCUCAAGUCCUGGUUCGUCCCCUAGUCCAGGAGGAUGCUGUGGGAGCCGGGGCAGCAGCAAGAGGGACAAUGGGGAAAAGCAGCACUAAAGGUCCUUCGGCUCCUGCUUAACGGAAGCCUCACAGAUGCAAGACGGCUCCAGCAGGCCCAGCAUCACUUCUUCACAGUGUCCCUAAGCCAGAAGAGAGGCUGUUGUUUUUAAAAGCAGGAAAACCUUCCUAAACUUGGCCAGAAUUGCAUCACAGACCCUUUCCCAAAACAAUGUCCAGCAAAGGGAAUAGACUCACCACAUCUGGUACAGAUGAAUCAAGGUUUGUCCCAGCCCCUGCUGAAGCAGACCCUCGCCCAGCAGCUGAAGAGAGCGUAGGCUCAUCAGCUGGAGGAAGAGACUGGCCACUAACAGUGCCUGCCAUACACAUGUGCUUCCUGGAUAUUGCUGCUGGUCACUGUUCCAGAUGUAAGCAGUCAGCUGCUUGGGACACUACCUACCUUCUUCUGUGUUCUUACUAAUAAAAUUAAGGAUUCUGUUCUGGGUUGAGAAGUAAUCUCAAUAUU